CUGCAGAUUUUACACUGCCAAAUGUGUUUAAAGUGAGGAUGAAUAUUCACUAAAAAAUCAAGUAAAAGUCAUUUUCUUCUGUCGCGGUUAUCUGCCACCUACCGGAUGUGGGGGUGCAUUAGAGAUUUGCCACGUUGCCGUAGACAACAGGGGGACUUAACGCCUCGCGCAACACCGGGAGGAUGUAGUUGACGUUUCUCCACAGACGGGAGCGGACCGCUUCAAGCUGCUUAACAGGCACGCACACACACACCUGUGUGUCAGGUUUCUGACAGGUGGAGACCGUCCUCGCCCCGCGGCUGUAUAAUGUUAACUGACAUGAUUUUGGAGGAAGAGUUUGACAAGAAUGGAGAGUCUUGGUAUCACCCACAGGACCUGGAAAACGAUCUCCAUUUGGCAGCGGAGCUGGGGAAAACCCUCCUGGACAGGAACCAUGAGCUGGAGCAGGCCCUGCAGCAGAUGUACUCCACCAACCAGGAGCAGCUGCUGGAGAUCGAGUACCUGACCAAGCAGUUGGACCUGCUGCGUCAGAUGAACGACCAGCACGCCAAAGUGUACGAGCAGCUGGACGUGGCCGCCAGGGAUCUUGAGCAAGGCAACCAGAGACUAGUGCAGGACAACCGCCUGGCCCAGCAGAAGAUCCACAGUCUGACUGAGACCGUUGAGGGGCUUCAGACCUACAUGGAGGACCUGCAGACUCAGGUGGAGGAGCUAAAGAUGGCUCAGGCUGAGCGGAACAAAAGAGAUCUGGCGGAGCAGCGACGCAGCCUCGGAGCACAGAGUGUGUCCUGUCUCAAAGAGCUGUAUGACUUACAACAUGACAGGCACCAAGCUAACGAUAGCCUGCGCGUGGAUGGACUCUGGUCACCACACGGCUCUUCCUACAACCGAGACGGACACCAAGACCCAGAGGAGGAAAAUGCGGCUCUCCGACGCUCCAUCCAGACCCUCCAGAGCCAGAUAGCUGCGGAGCGGAGCCGGCGAGAGGCUGCAGAGCAGGAGAUCGAGUUGACAAUCAGGGAGAACACAGGCCUGGAGCAGCGGCUGGCCCUGCUGGACGGCUGCCGGGCCAGGCAGAAGGAGCUGGAGGCCGAAGUGGAGCAGAUGCGGCUUCUGUGGCGCGCUGAAUGUGCCAACAGUAUGAGAAGACCGGACCAGCUGCUGGUGCCCGACACAGUAUUCUUUGCCUCAGAGGAGAGACCCAGCGUGGUUCAGGAUGAGAUGGAGGAGAGUGCAGAAAAAUAUGAGGAUCAGCAGAGGAGAUCCACCCGGCAGAGGUGUAACAGCGACAGUGUUUUGAGAGCGACGAACCCAGAUGAGAUUCGCCGCGGUCACGAGCAGCUGUGCAUAAGGCGAGCGGAGGCGGUGAAACAGAGGGGCAUCUCUCUGCUCAACGAGGUGGAUGCGCAGUACAGCGCACUGCAGGUGAAAUACGACGAGCUGCUGCAGCGGUGCCAGCAGGCGACAGAUCAGCUCAGCCAUAAAGCCGUCCAGACGUCCACUGCGCCCUUCCCGAGCGCCCGAACGCGCCGCCGCCUGUCCAGCUUGGUUGCCCUGUCCGACCUGACGGCGGUUCUGGAGGACAGCCAGCAGCCCGAGUACAAGGCUCUCUUCACCGAGAUCUUCACCUGCAUCCAAAAGACCAAAGCGGACCUCAGUGAAAACAGACGUCCAGUCAAGGACAGUGACUCUCAGUGCUCUCCCAAAUGAUCCAAUAAUUCAUCAUCCUGAGGCUCAUUUGUGUUUGAUAAGGAGAAACUUGAGAAAGUGCUUUGCUAUAAAAAUAUCCAGACGCAAUAAGCUCGCUCAGUCCCUGCGUGUCUUGCUGCAGUCCUCUUGUGUCCUGUCAAUUUGACACGUUUGCUUUUGUUAGUCAGCACUUAUACUUUUACUCCAUCCUUAUCGAAAAUGAGGUGUUAUGAAAGUGAUGGUAAAGAAUUAUUGUACGGGGGAGAUUUUUAUAUUUGGAUAAAUACUGUGUGUACUAUCAGAUUCAUGGCUCGUACAAAGUACAUUUCAGCGGUGCUUGGCCUCAAAAUGCAUUAUGCAAAAAGUAUUAUGUCCACCUCCAGCAGUACUCAGUGUUUAAAUUAACCCUGUGACUUAAUCAUUAGGUGCUUGGGAGAGGAACAUUGAAUGUUGUUUGCUAGAAGUUUGAGAAGUAGCUGUUACGUGCGACUUACGUAAACAGAAGUGUUGGAAUGUUGUAAUAGGAUGAGAAGCUGUAGUAAGGGCUGAAGUCUCAGGAGUUUAUGGUAAUUGGCUCAACAGCGAGUGGAAGUUGGUUUUUGUGGGUUGGCGAUAGUUGGUUCACCGGCUGAGGGUUGUUGGAGUGUCACCAGGGGAACUGGACACUGGAAAAUUGACAAUAGUCCGUGCUUUCUGUUUUCAUGCACGUGUGCAGCUUUUCAUGGGUGUCUCAAUGCCAGUAGGACACAUGAUAACUCUGCACUUUUUACGACUGAAUCACAUUUUCUGUUUUAUUUAUUCUGUUUGUUUAGUUUUGUACCUUUUAGAGGAGAUUCAAUUAUAUUUAUUUUCUUUGUUGCUAAGUAUGCAGAGCAGAUCAGUCAACUGAGAUUGACAAAAUUAUUUUUUUUUUUGUAGUUAAUAUUCUGUCUCAUGCAGGAGAGAGAAAAACAAAUACAGAGUUAAAUCAAAGCACAAAAGAAAUGUUACCUCAUUUAUAAACAGAUUCCUUUGUAUUAAAUAUUUCUUUCUGUCUUGGACAUUUACUGCUCUUAAUAUGGUCCACAAACUGUAUUGUCAGGUCAGCAUGAACAACUACUAACUCUUCUAUAACCCCUUUAAAGGUGCAUUAUGUAAGAAUUGGACACCUACCAAAUUCAUCGUCCAAACAAAAACAUGUUGCAUUUGGGAAGUUAAAAUAUCUUCCCCAAAACUACAUAAUGCACCUUUUAAGGCCCUCAACUGUUAUUGGCUGAAAUUUAUUAAACCGAGGUCGUCAUGUUACGUUCACUCUCCAUGUGAUGUGACGCUCAUGAGAAAGAAGAUGCUUAAUAGACCGUUCUUAUGUACUAAACUAAAGUAUUAUAAAGGCAUUUAGCUCUGUGCCGGUAUAAAAGCUGUGAAACUGCAAAAGGCAUCGCUGUAUGAUCUGUCCUCCGUGAAGACUAACAUGUUUUGUUUUGCAGCUAACUAAUAAAAGCAAUGCUGCAGGAGCCUG